AUGUGCUUCUACGAGCAAAACGUUUUCCGAGACUGCCACUGCUUCAAGUGGGGUCGUUUCAGACAGCACUGCGCUAAGGAGUACCGAACUGGCGAAACCUGCGGUAUGAAACUCAUCUAUGAAGCCGUGCCCAAAGCAGGCAAAUGCGCCAUCUGCAACAGGAUCGAUGUUGCAACUAGGAAGCUUGUCGCCUCCAAGGAAAAGGUUGGACGCUGGUUAGCCGAAGGGCGAAACCCGGUCUCCACUGAAAACGAGCAAACAAACAUCCAGAUCUACCAAAACGAGAUCAUGGAGCUCAAUGCGCAAAAGGCGGCUAAACUCAGGAGCAUCGGCUGA